AUGCCACUUUCAACCAUCAGUCAUCCCUCGCCGAACAGCUCCAUGACCAAUGUCGCCAUCCAUGCAAAACGGCCUUCGCAGAGUCAGGUUGUCAGGAGAACACCCACCAUCCACCCGGCCUUCAUCUCGCGGGUGGCCGAGGUCUUUAGGCAGGUUCUGGCACUAGGGGAUAGGAUCAAGGACGGUCUGAGCUACAGUGACGCAUUUGACGGUCGGGAGGCUGUCGAUCUUCUUUGCGAUAUCAUCCGAACUGGCGACAGAAACUUGGCGCUGCUGUUGGGGAGAGCGCUGGAUUCACAGAGAUUCUUCCACGAUGUGACCUAUGCACAUCGGCUGCGAGACAGCACACACGAGAUCUACCGCUUCAAGCAACUGCUACCAAGUCCGUUUGCAGGCCCAGAAGGUGCGACCGCGGAUGGCAGGCCUGCCUCAAGACCCACCUCGAAAGGGUACUCAUCGGGUUCCGUCACCGCCUUGACGGCCAUGUCGUCUGGAGCGAGUUCCCCUCUGGCCACCACUCCAGGCCAGACUCCAGCAACAUCGACUACGACCGUGAACCAGGUCAGCGAUUCGGGAAGACCUCGCCGGGUGUCCGACGCGUCCUCUGAGGAUUCAUUGCCCGUGGGCGUGUUCACCUUGUUGACCGAUUGUUACUCGCCGACAUGCUCCCGAGAUUCGCUGUGUUAUUCGAUCAACUGCCCGCGUCGACUUGAAGUGCAGAAGCGACUUAACAUGAAGAUUGAACCUGGUCUCAUUACCGAGAUAGCGGAGGAUGUGUUGCUUGAUACGAAAGAAACUGGCACUCUCUGGAUUCAAUCCGUUCCGCAGGAUGUGAUUGACAGCGUGGAUGAUACCGAAAAGAAGCGUCAGGAAGCCAUCAACGAGUUGAUCUACACUGAACGGGACUUCGUCCGCGACAUGGAGUAUCUGCGCGAUCAAUGGAUCAAACCUCUGCGUACAUCGGAUGUCAUACCUGCUGGCAAGCGGGAGGAGUUCGUGCAGCAGGUGUUCUGGAACACCCACGAGAUCCUUUCGGUCAAUAUGGUCCUGGCGGAGAAGCUCACGAAGAGGCAGAAGCAGGCUCAUGUGGUCCCGCGCGUCGGAGACAUCCUGCUCGAGCAGGUGCAGCGCUUCGAGCCAUUUGUGACGUACGGUGCUCACCAACUUUUCGGGAAGUACGAGUUUGAAAAGGAAAAGGGAACCAAUCCUGCUUUCCAGAAGUUUGUCGAUGAAACCGAGCGCGACCCGUCUUCGCGAAAGUUGGAAUUGAACGGUUAUUUGACCAAGCCUACCACUCGUCUGGCUCGAUAUCCCCUUCUACUCGAAGUUAUUGUUAAAUAUACACACGACGACAACAGCGACAAGGAGGAUUUAGCUGAAGCUGUCAAGAUCGUUCGAGAAUUCUUGACCAGGGUCAACAAGGAGAGCGGGAAAUCUGAAAACCUCUUCAAUUUGGCUCAACUGGAUCAGCAACUGAUCUUUAGACCAGGCGAGAACUUCGAUUUACAUUUGCGAGACAAGAAUAGGGAGUUGGUCUACAAGGGUCCGCUUAAAUGUCGCGGCGGACCGAAUGCGGAGAAUGCCGAUCUCUUGGUGUUCUUGUUCGAUCACGCGUUGCUCAUGGUAAAGCCAAAAUGGGUGAACAAGCACGAGCAAUACAAGGUUUACCGCAAGCCUAUACCCUUGGAACUUCUGGUAGCGACAUCUCCCGAGGACAUCAAUAUCAAGGGUUCGAUAAGUCGUGGCAAGGCGACAGCAGGACGUCAGGCCGGCGUGAAAUCGGCUAAAGACCCGAUUCCCAAGGCCGAGUCGAAGCAUGGUUAUAGCUUGACCCUGAUUCAUCUUGGGCGCAAGGGAUAUACGAUGACCCUCUGGUGUCCCACCUAUGCGGGACGUAAAAAGUGGCUCGAGAACAUCGAUGCGCAACAGCAAGCUCUGCGGGAUCGGAGCAAAAUCUUUGAUACCGUCUCCUUGACCGACCGAUUCUUCAUGGGCGUCAACAAGCUUAACUGCGCGGUACCAUAUGACCGCGGUAACCGAAUGAUAUAUGGGACAGAUGACGGUGUCUACUUCAGCAACCACCGCGACGAGAGACUACGGCAUCCGACCAAAGUCAUCAGUAUGCCUGACGUCACUCAGGUGGACGUCUUGGAGGAGUUCCAGCUCCUAGUUGUGUUAUCAGAGCGGAGCGUUACAGCUUUCCCGUUGGAAUUCCUCGACCCCACCGACACCUCUGCAGCGCUCAAGCGUGGGAAGCGUCUAUCGUCACAUACAUCGUUCUUCAAGAGCGGUAUCUGUCUCGGCAGGACUUUGCUGUGCAUCGUCAAGUCGAGCUCUUUGUCUUCAACGAUAAAGACGCUCGAGCCCAUCGAUCAAUCGAUGAGGGGUAAAAAACAGCCGACGCCGUUCCGGAAACUCUUGAACAAUUCAAAUGAACCGUUCAAGGUGUUCAAGGAAUUCUACAUCCCGACAGAAAGCAGCGGUCUUUCGUUCUUAAAGACCAAGCUUUGCGUAGCUACGACCAGAGGUUUCGAGGUCGUUGAUCUAGAGACCUUGGACACCCAGGGCUUGCUAGACCCAUCGGACAGCAGCUUGGACUUUGUGUCAAAACGAGAAAACGUUCGCCCCGUGGCCAUCUACCGGGUAGAGGAGAACUUUUUGCUGUGUUACGCCGAGUUUGCUUUCUAUGUCAACAAAACUGGGUGGCGAGCGAGGCCGCGAUGGGCCAUCCAAUGGGAAGGUUUCCCAACCGCGUUCGCCAUGCACUACCCCUUCAUCCUGGCGUUUGAACCGACAUUUAUCGAGGUUCGGCACGUUGAGAGUGGUAACCUGGUGCAGAUCAUUACGGGCAGCAAUAUCCGUUGCCUCUUCUCGGACACUCCACCUUCGCAUAUACACACCGCGAACCAGUAUCGACCCGGGAUGGGGGCGGGUUACCCUUACGGCCAAGCACCUCCGCCUCAUCCGCAAGGUUAUCCGUACGGCCCUGGAGGCAACCACCCCGCUCACAUGCCUCCACCUCCGGUUCCUCAACCGGCUGGAAAUCGACUGCAGCGGAAUCAGAUCAUCUUUGUCUCGGACGAUGGUAACGUCCAGGUCGUCCGGCUCAACAGGGAGCACCUUCCUGGUAUGCUUCCUCCUAGUGGCGCGCCCGCCUUGAUGCCCAACGGCAGUAUGAGUCGUCGAUGA